AUGUCCGCCUGGGAGGUGUUCCUCGUUUGGUUCGCCCUCGCGCUCUCAAACCUGUGUGUGUUCUUGGACGAAGGCAUCAUCUCGACUGCUAUCCCGCGCAUUACGGACAAGUUUCAUUCCCUGGGCGAUGUCGGCUGGUACGGCUCCGCGUAUAACAUCACUCUCUGCUCCUUCCAGCUGGUGUAUGGACGGCUCUUCAACGAAUUCCCGCUCAAAGUCACCUUCCUGGCGGCCCUGGCCAUUUUCGAAAUCGGUUCGCUCGUCUGUGCGACCAGCCCCAACUCGGUUGCCUUCAUCAUCGGGCGCGCCAUCGCUGGCCUGGGAGCGGCAGGCUUGCAGAGCGGCAAUUUUGCGCUGCUCGCCGCCGCUCUCCCGCCAAAGAAGCUGCCUUUGUACCUGGGCGCUCUUGGGAUGGUGUACGGCAUCGGCGCCGUCCUAGGCCCAGUGAUCGGUGGUAUUAUCACUAACAGCUACUUGACCUGGAGAUGGUGUUUUUACAUCAACCUGCCCAUUGCUGCACCCACGGCUGUGGCGACCAUCUUCCUGAUCAAGGUCCCGCCGACUGACAAGGGCAACAAGCCUCUGCUAGAGAAGAUCUACAAUUUGGACCCGCUGGCCGUCGUGAUCCUGCUGCCAUGCAUCAUCUCACUAAUAUUGGCGCUGCAGUUCGGUGGCUCACAGUAUAGCUGGGAUGACGGCCGCACCAUUGGUUGCUUCGUGGCGUUUGGUGUGUUGCUUCUAGUCUUCCUAGCUGAACAGUGGUGGAUGGGUGAUAGAGCGCUGGUUCCUCCCCGGCUGGUGAGGAAUCCAGUCGUGCUCUUUGGGGCCCUGUACGCCUUCUGUUUCGACAGCGCCUUUUACUCACUUGUCUACUAUGUGCCUCUAUGGUUUCAAGCUGUGGAAGGCGUCAGUGCCGAAGAGUCGGGCAUCCGCUAUCUUGCGCUUGUCCUCUCUCUCGUCGUGACCAUUUUCCUGGGUGGUUGGGCCGUCACCAAGGUUGGUUAUUUCCAGCCCUUUAUGCUGUUGGGUUCCGCCCUGCUGGCCACCGGCGCUGGUCUGCUGUCGACGCUGGUUCCGUCCUCGGGCAAGGGUCGCUGGAUCCCGUACCAGAUGCUGGCAGGUCUAGGCAUCGGCAUCGCGACACAGCAGGCAGUCGUUGCCAUCCAGGCCCUACUCAGUGGCGAAGAUGUCAAUAUAGGCAUCGCGCUGGCUAUCUUCACCCAGUGUUUCGGCCCCACCGUCUUUAUCACCGUCAGCCAGGCUGUCUUUGAAGGCACUUUGACCAACGGCCUGAACAACCAUCUCCCUGGCCUCGUCAGUCCCUCGCAGAUAAAGAACCUUGGUGCCACAGAGCUCCGGGAUCUCGUCUCCCCCGUCCAGUUUCCAAUAUUGCUGGAGGUAUACAACUACGCUUUGUCGCGCACCUACCUAACAGCUUCGAUCAUGGCAGCAUUGAGCGGACCACUGGUCUUCUGUAUGGGCUGGAGGAAGCUUCCCUCUCCCGAGGAAUUAGGGGAGGAUCAGGGAGGCAAUACCGAGGCCAACAGCGACGGGGGGGAGACAUCGCUCAAGUCGGAGACAGCCAAGGAGGCCACGUCCAUUACUGUACCGUAG